UUUCGUCUUAUCAUGCGAAUUAAGAUUAUUAGAAAGCUAUCAAUACUUAUUAUUACAGGUUGAUAAGGGAAACCGGAGAAGUACAAAAUGGAUGUCGUAAACAAUAUUCUCGGAGGAUUGCAAUCAAAAACGACCGCAUCGGUGCUUUCGGCGCUCGUGAGCGUGUCGUUAUAUAUCGUGUACUUGUUUGUUAAUUACUCCGCGAAGAAUGUUCCCUCUAAAUUAUUAAUGCCGUCUUACGAUUUCAUAGUUGUAGGUGCCGGUUCUGCGGGAGCUGUCUUGGCGAGUCGUUUGUCCGAGAUAGAAGACUGGAACGUACUCCUCUUGGAAGCAGGUGGCGAUGGAAGCAUAAUAUAUGAUGUUCCUAUUACUGCCGCCAAUCUGCAGCUCUCCGAGAUCGACUGGAAAUACACAACGGAACCCGGUACAAAUUAUUGUAGAGCGAUGGAGGAGGGUCGUUGCCUGUGGCCACGUGGCAAAGCGAUCGGAGGCAGUAGCGUGAUAAAUUACAUGCUCUAUAUUCGUGGUAACAAAAAAGAUUACGACAUCUGGGAACAACUAGGCAAUCCAGGAUGGUCCUACAAGGACGUCUUAACCUAUUUCAAAAAAUCGGAAGACAAUCGGAAUCAGAACUACACCAAUACUCCGUAUCAUUCGACGGGAGGUUAUCUAACUGUCGACGAAUCACAAUGGCACACACCAUUGGCCGUUGCGUUCCUUCAAGCAGGACGCGAAAUGGGUUACGAGAAUAGAGACAUUAAUGGAGAACGGCAAACUGGCUUUAUGACUCCUCAGGGAACCAUUAGACAAGGAAGCCGGUGCUCCACGGGGAAGGCCUUCCUGCGGCCGGCUAGCGCGCGUACGAAUUUACACGUAGCUAUGCAAGCACAUGUUACGAAAAUUUUAAUCAAUCCGUUGUCAAAGAGAGCUUACGGUGUAGAGUUCUUUAGAGACGGAAGGAUGCUGCGCAUUCGUGCCAACAAGGAGGUGAUAGUUUCCGCAGGAACUAUCAACAGUCCUCAGUUACUGAUGUUGUCCGGAAUAGGACCUGGAGAACACUUAGCGGAACACGGCAUACCAGUGGUACAGAAUUUAAGUGUAGGUCAUAAUCUUCAAGACCAUGUGAUUGUGGGUGGCAUUACGUUCUCGAUUAAUAAAGAAGUAUCGUUGGUAGAGAGCAGCUUGUAUGAUAUUCGACAUGUGCUGGAAUACGCCAUAUUUGGAGCCGGUCCUUUUACCGCCUUAGGAGGUGUCGAAGGACUAGCUUUUAUCAAUACUAAAUACGCGAAUGCCUCCGACGAUUUCCCAGAUGUGCAACUGCAUUUUGCGCCAUGGAGUCUGAGCACUAAGGGCACUUUUAGAAAGAUUUACGGUCUGAAAAGAGAAUACUACGAUGCUGUAUUUGGUGAGGUUCUUAAUAAGGACUCAUGGACUGUGUUUCCUACACUUUUAAGACCAAAAAGCAAAGGUAUCAUAAAGCUUCGAAGCAGCAAUCCCUUCGAUCAUCCGUUGAUUUAUCCCAACUACUUCGAAAACCCAGAAGAUGUGGCGACAAUGGUAGAAGGAAUUAAGUUUGCAAUCGAUAUGGGUAGAACUGCAUCAUUCAGACGUUAUGGAAGCAAAUUAUUACGAAAACCAUUUCCUAACUGCGUGAAUAUUCCUAUGUAUACCGAUCCAUACUGGGAGUGCAUCAUCAGAUUCCUUACCACGACUCUAUUUCAUCAGGUGGGUACUUGCAAGAUGGGGCCUAAUUCGGAUCCAACAGCUGUAGUAGACCCUCGGCUUCGAGUUCACGGAGUCACCGGACUUCGAGUCAUAGACGGCUCGAUUAUGCCAAACAUAGUCAGUGGUAAUCCCAAUGCCCCGAUUAUCAUGAUCGCAGAGAAGGGUUCCGAUAUGAUAAAAGAGGAAUGGCUUAAGAAACGGAGCUCACAGUGAAUAAUUUUUUUUAAAUAUUUUAAAUAAGUGAGCAGUUUUCACAAAUUAGUUUACAGCGACUGCUAUUGUUUAUCACAUAAUAGAAAUGUAUAAUUAUGAACUCGGAAUAUAUUUUCAUGAUAUAUUGCAAAUAGCGGAAUUCGAGUCAAAAUGUAAUCAUGCUUAAUCGAAUGAAUACCAGGUAAAUUAUGUUUUAACAAAUACAAAUUAGUCCGGUAGAAUUCUGUUUAUCCGAACAUAUCGAGGAACAAAUAGUUAGUAAUGUAGCGGUUUAGCAAUUUUUGCUGCUACAUUCCUUUGAUGUUGAUAUAUUGCAUUGCAAUUGAAACGUAUGGUGUGAGAAAAGCAUAGCGUCGAUGAAGAAAAAUUGUUACAGACGUUAAGUACUAUAUUUUGUAAUUUCUUUCCUUCUUCCUUUGGAUAUGGUUUGUACAUACAUAUUUGAUAGAAUGCAGUCAAUUUUCUGCAUAACGCAACAAUGUGAAUUUACAAUAUCUGUAUGUAUGUUUAUUACAUUGGUACAGACAAAGCAAAUCGAAUCACUCUGUCU